AUGGAUUAUGAGAAUUCCAGAAGAUCACAGUUUAGUGGUACAAACUCAUUUCGGCUUCGAAAACCAUGGAAAGCUUCCUGUAUACCGUCAGCGGUGAUUGCAGCAGCACCGUUGAUGACGGCGCCACUUCGGGAUGAAGUCGGAGUGCACAUGAAUUGGGAAAAUGAGUUUAGUGAAAUAUUUUUGAUUCUAUUAUCUUCGAAGCCGAAGCUUUGA